CGGCGGCAGCGGGCAGCGCCGCGGGGGCGUCGGCGGCGGCGGCGCCAUCGCCAUGAGCGGCCCCUACCCGGAGGAGGGCUGCGGCGAGCGCCCCGACGGCGCCAAGAGCAAGUCGCCCACGCUGCUGUCGUCCUACUGCAUCGACAGCAUCCUGGGCCGCCGCAGCCCCUGCAAGGUGCGGCUGCUGGGCGCCGCGCACAGCCUGCCCGCCGCGCUCGCCGCCCGCCCGGAGCACGACAAGGCCGCGCAAGGCUCCCCGAAGGGCAGCCCCCCCUUCGAGGCGGCCGAGCUGCACCUGCCCCCCAAGCUGCGCCGCCUCUACGGGCCGGGCGGGGGCCGCCUGCUGCCGCCGGGACCGCGGGGGGACCGCCCCGACGGGCGGCCGGAGGGGGGCGCCGCCGCCGUGCCCCCCGCUGCCGCUGCCGCGCCCGCCGCCGCGGCCGCCCCGUGGGACACGCUGAAGAUCAGCCAGGCGCCGCAGGUCAGCAUCAGCCGCAGCAAGAGCUACCGCGAGAACGCGCCCUUCGUGGCCCCGCCGCCCGCCCUGGACGAGCUGGGGGGCGGCGGCGCGGCGCACGUCGAGGAGCGGCCCGGCCCCGCCGCGCCGGCCGCCGAGGAGGAGGAGGAGGAGGAGGACGAGGAGAUGCUGGAGGAGGAGGACGAGGAGGAAGAGGAGCUGGAGGAGGAGGACGAGGAGGAGCUGCUGGGCGAGGACGGCGGGGGGCUGCUGAAAGAGGCCCGCCGGGGCGCCGCCGCGGCCCCCGGGGCGGAGGGCGGGGAGCUGUCCCCCAAAGAGGAGCUGCUGCUGCACCCCGAGGACGGCGAGGGCAAGGACGGCGAGGAGAGCGUGUGCCUCUCGGCCGGCAGCGACUCCGAGGAGGGGCUGCUCAAGAGGAAGCAGCGCCGCUACCGCACCACCUUCACCAGCUACCAGCUGGAGGAGCUGGAGAGGGCCUUCCAGAAAACCCACUACCCCGACGUCUUCACCAGGGAGGAGCUGGCCAUGAGGCUCGACCUGACCGAAGCCCGAGUGCAGGUAUGGUUCCAGAACCGUAGGGCUAAGUGGCGGAAGAGGGAAAAGGCUGGGGCUCAGACACACCCCCCAGGUUUGCCUUUCCCUGGUCCCCUGUCAGCAACUCACCCCCUCAGUCCAUACCUUGAUGCUAGUCCUUUCCCUCCUCAUCACCCAGCUCUAGACUCCGCCUGGACCGCCGCCGCCGCCGCCGCCGCGGCCGCCGCCUUCCCCAGCCUGCCCCCGCCGCCGCCCGGCUCCGCGGCGCUGCCCCCCGGCGGGACCCCGCUCGGCCUCGGCACCUUCCUGGGGGCGGCCGUGUUCCGGCACCCCGCCUUCAUCAGCCCCGCCUUCGGCAGGCUCUUCUCCACCGUGGCCCCCCUGGGCAGCGCCUCCAGCGCCGCGGCGCUGCUGCGGCAGCCGGCGCCGGCCGCCGAGGGGGCGGUGGGCUCGGCGGGGCUGGGGGACCCGGCCAGCGCCGCCGCCGACCGGCGGGCGUCCAGCAUCGCCGCCCUGCGGCUGAAGGCCAAGGAGCACGCCGCCCAGCUCACCCAGCUCAACAUCCUCCCCGGGAGCAGCACGGGGAAAGAGGUGUGCUAAGAUACGGGCGCCGUCCUUCCCGCUUUCGUUUGCGUUCGUUUCAGUUUGCUGGGGGGAUUUUUUUUAAGAGCGAGAGAGAGGAGAAUAAAUUCGCGGGUGGGGAAAGGUCACCUCGUAGCACGAAUCAAGACCAAAUGGGGGAAAACGUUUCUUUAAAAACAAAAAUAAAAUAAAAUAAAAUAAAAUAAAAAAGCGGACCAGCAGCUAAGACUGGGGUAGGUUCCCAAGGUAGGAACUGGAGGACAGCGAGCGCAUCGGCCGUCAGUCAGCCCUCGCGCGAGUGAGCGGGGCGACGCUCGCAGGCUCCCGAACCCGAAACUCCUUGGCUGGUACAUUUCCUAAAUGUACGACGUGUUAAUUUCCUCGCUGAGCAUCAAGCGGAAAAAAAAAAAAAAAAAAAAAGCCCUACCUAAUAAAAUUUAUUAUAUAUUAGCGUUACGUACACUUAAAUAUUUUUCCUUCCGUUUAUCUGGCAA